AUGUCGGAUCCGUGGGGCCCCUUGAAGCUCCCGCUGAGUGACCUUGCGGCCGGCUCGCUGGCCGGCGCGGCGCAGGUGAUUGUCGGCCAGCCCCUCGAUACAAUCAAGGUGCGUGCGCAGAUCGCGCCGCCGGGCAUGUUCAAAGGCCCAAUGGAUAUCCUCACGACGACCGUGCGAAAGGAGGGCGUGCGAGGCCUCUUUAAAGGCAUGGCGUCGCCGCUCCUCGGCAUUGCGGCGCAGAACUCGUUUCUGUUUGCCGCCUUCUCUGUCGCAAAGCGCGCCGUGAGCCCUACGCCGGACCUGUCGAUCGGCCAGGUGGCCUCAGCCGGCGCCAUGGCCGGCGCGGCCAACAGCCUCUUUGCCUCGCCGGUGGAGCUGUUUAAAAUUCGCAUGCAGGCGCAGUACGGCGGCAAAACCGACAAGACCCUCGCGCAGGUUGCGCGCGAGAUCUGGCGCAAGCACGGCUUCCGCCACGGCGUGAUGCGCGGCUUUUGGGUCACGGUGCUUCGCGAGACGCCGGCCUAUGCGGGUUUCUACGGUGCGUUUGAAGGGACGAAGCGCACGCUGCGUGCAAAUCUCUACCCCGACCUCGCCAAGGACGCCCCUCCUCCGCUCUGGGUCCUCAUGGUAUCGGGCUCGACCGGCGGCAUUGCCAACUGGCUGGCGUGCUAUCCGAUCGACGUCGUCAAGAGCCGCGUGCAGCUGAGCACUGCGCCGCUGCAUGGUCUCGGCUACAUCCCCCGCGCCUUUGCCGAAGUCGCGCGCGAGCAAGGGCUCGGCGGAUUUAUACGCGGCCUCUCGCCGACGCUCCUGCCUGCGGCCCCCGCGCCUGCGGCCCCCGCGCCUGCCCCGCAAGAGCAGGAACAGCUUACGCCCGAAGAAGCCAAGCGUGUGCCGCUCACGUACACACCGACCAAGAAGCAUGCGUUGCGUGAGCUGCCGCUCCUUGCGCUCUUUGUCGUGGCGAUCGUUUCGGUGACCCUGUACUUUCACUACCUGCUGCCUGUGCCGAAGGAGGCCACGACCGCCGCGGACCCUCGCCCGCAUGCACCGAUCUCUGCGGGAUGGUACGACCGCUUCUUUGGGCACAAGCUCGACGCGGCGCGCCUCGACAUGUACGCUCCCGAGGAUGCGCCGAAUGCGCCGGCGGUCUACGGGCCGCUGCACGAGUACUUCUCCGAAGGCAACGCGAUGCUCACAAUCCAGCACCUUUCGGAGGGUAUCGGCUACCGCGUCGUUGGCACGCAGCAGCACAUUGACGCGGAAAAGUGGGUGCAGUCCAUUCUCGAGCGCUACGCUGGCGUGCACGACACGGGCGACGGCGCGUACUCGACCAAGGUCGAACUCUUUACGCAGUUUGGCGAUGGUGCGCACCGUUUUGACAUUCUCGGCCAUCCCGUGUGGAAGCAGUACUACUCCAUGUCGAACUUGAUUGUGCGCAUUUCCGACGGGUCGCCCGAGAGUCUCGAGAAUACGCUGCUGCUCAAUGCGCACAUCGACAGCACGCUCCCGUCGCCGGGAGGUGCGGACGAUGGUGCGGGUGUUGCGAUCAUGCUGGAGCUCCUGCGUGUGCUUACGCUGCGUGGCGCGCCCCAGGUCAAGCACGGCAUUAUCCUCCUCUUCAACAAUGGCGAAGAGAGUCUGCAGGACGCCUCGCACAUGUACAUGACGCAGCACAACGAGACCAACCAGAACAUUCGCGCGGUGGUCAACAUGGAGGCGUGCGGUGUUUCGGGCCCUACGCUCCUCUUCCAGGCGACCGACAAGGCGCUCAUCCACGCCUACGGCAAGGUCCCGCACCCGUUCGGCACGGUGCUCGCGAGCGACGUCUUUUCAUCGGGCCUGAUCAUGUCCGACACCGACUUCCGCCAGUUUGUCGAGUACGGCAACGGACUGCCCGGCCUCGACAUGGCAAUCGUCGGCUCGUCGUACCUGUACCACACGCGGCGCGACAUUCCCUCGCACAUUGAGCGCGGCGUGCUGCAGCACUUUGGCGAGAAUGUCUUUUCGCUCGUCGACUCGCUCGCGCUGGAGGACGCGUCGCCGCUGCCGGGCGUGCGCCCGUGGCCGUUCAAGGCGAAGCAAAUCAUGCCGAUCUACUUUUCGUUCCUCGGGCAGACCUUUGUCGAAAUCCAGCCCAAGACGUUCAAGGGUAUGGUGAUCGGCACUGCGGUGCUCGCCAACUUUUUCCUCAGCACGCUCAACUCGUCCGAGGUGCGUGUGAAUGCGAUUUCGUACGCACUCAUGUGCUCGCUCGCGGUCGUGGGCAACCUGAUCGCGGCGCUCCUCGGUGCCAACAUUGUCGCGGCGCUCAUGCGCCUGCUCGAGGUCCCGAUGUCGUGGUACGCCCACGAGUUCUACGCAAUGCUCCUCUUUGUACCGCCCGCGCUUGCAGCGAUCGUCGGCGUGCAGCUCGUGCUCCAGCGCUCGGUCGAAAAGACGCGGCAGCCGUACCUCGAGCACUCGUCAUUUGUCGGAAGCUACAUCCUGUUCACCUUUGCCCUGAUGGUGAUGAACAUGUACGGCCUUGGCUCUGCCUACCUGAUGCUCGUCGCGGUUGUUGCGAACCUCGUCCCAGUGGUGAUCAACGACUUUUUGUUCGUCGGCUUUGGGCGCAUCGCCGACGACCUCGUCGCGGCGGACCGCCGCGUGCACUUCGCUACGUACUUUAUCAGCGUGCUGUGCGCGUCGACGAUCGGCGCAGAAGGCUUUGUCUCGUUCCUCGACCUGAUCGUGCCGCUGAUGGGGCGCAUGGGCACCGACGUCCCGGUCGACCAUGUGAUGGCGUCGCUCGUCGCGGUCCUCACGAUGCUCAACUCGAUCGCCAUCGUCCCGCUCGGCCACCGCUACGGCGCUCCGUUCAUGAAAAAGACCAUGAUUCUCCUCGUGUCGCUAAGCGUGCUUACUACAGCCUUCUUUGCCUCGCCGGCCGUGCCGACGUUUGACGCGCUGCAUCCCCGCCGCCUCCUCGUCCACCACGUGGAAAACAUCACGAGCGGCGAGUGGCACGUUGCCAUGAGCACGCUCGACGCGGCGCCGGUUCCCAGCGCGAUGCGCACCGACAUUGAAGGCGUGCUCCUCGACGGCGCGCCGAACACGACGCUGUCGUGGCGCAGCAGCCCAGCAGCCGCGGAUAUGGACAUCCUCUUUCCGCUCACGCACUUUAUCGACACGCAGCGCCUCGGCCUGCCCGCGACGCCGGCACGCGCAGCGGCGGCGGCGGACACGAACCGCUGGCGCGACUUCCGCCUGACGUGCGCAGGCGCGGUGAACGAGGCCGAGAGCACGCGCGAAGUGACCCUGCGUCUCGUGCAUCCCCGCCUGGCGUGGUCCACACUCUCGUUCGACGCGGACGUGAUCGACUGGGACUUCCCCGCGCCGCCGCCGCAAGGCAUGCGCCGCCACCAUCUCAAGGACGUGUCACGCCUCGGUGCGGACGAAUUUACGAUGCGCAUCGUCGUGCGCAUGACGCCCGACGAGCUCGCCGCCUACCGCAGCGAGAAGCACGCGCCCAAGGACACGCUGCGCCGCUCGCCGCCCGCCCACGACGCGACGCCGACGAGCGCGUGGCGCCUCGCGGUGCACUACUCGGGCCUCGACUCGGGCGGGAUGUAUCCCCACCACAAGUCCAGCGGCAUGGACCGUUUGUCGAUGCAGGACUUUGUCAAGCUCGACACAAUGCUCCUCGAAAAGUACCCCGAGGUGGAUACGAUGCUCAUGACGGUCAUUGCCGGUGUCGGCGAGUGCUAA